UACUAAUCAACUGUUGAAGAUCAUUGAAACAAGAGAAAGAAAAUCCAAACGAUUUUUUUUCAAUCACAUUUCAACAAAUACCGAACAAAUGUUGUAGUUUGAUGUGAAUAAUCAUGAUUUCGUUGAUAAUUGAGUAAUGGAAAUAUCGAGGUGAUCGUCGCUCCGUUAAUUUAUUUAAACAAACACGAGGGGAAGGGAAAUCAUGUGCGAUGUGUGUGCUGACUUUCACGAUCUACUGCUCUGUUAUGAAGACAGAGCCUCUAAAGAACAGAAUGACCCAUCCCUCAGUCCUCUCGACAUCGACACCAUCCUGGACUACGUCAACCAGUGGGUCCAGCGCCAGUGCAUGUGUUGCUAUCGAGAGCCAAACAACUUGGAUAGAUUCAUACGACUGACGCACGCUGUCAUCCUGUCAUCCCUCAAGCAGCUGUCUUCAAUUUCCCAGAAGAAAUCAAUUCCCUCUCAAAGCCAGCCUUCGAAACCAGAGGAGAAGCCCCCGAGCCCGGAGCCAGUCGCCUCAGGGUCGGCGAUCAAAUCUCCACAAUCCUCUGAUGACUUGAAAACAAAAAAUGAAACAAAGGACUCGAGUUCUGCAUCUUCUGCAUCCUCGCUCCCGGAAAAAGCCCCUCAAGCUCCUCAACACGAUUCUAAAUGGACCCAGCAGGACCUGGAGAAGCUCUUCCAUCUGGUGUCCAAGAUAUUUCUCCUCAACUUCCCGUUGUACAUCGCGAUAAAGCACGGUGGGGCCCUCAAUCCUUUAGCUCCAGUUAAGGACGAAGGAGGCUACUGUGAGCCCCAUGACCCAGAGGUACCCUCUCCUCUCAUCCGUGCAGUCUCCAUAUUCUGUCACAGGGGUGGCUUCAAUCUCAUGUCAUCAUGCUUCGACUUGGAAGAGCCCCUACCAGUGGGUCUAGCCCACUCAAUGGUAGCUGUCAUCUGCAAUCUCAAGCUCUGGCUCAACUAUGCCUCUGUGAUUCAGCUUUUCGUUCCACUGCGGUCACGAGUGAUGAAAUACAUGUGUCGCCUCCAUGACAAAGAGCUUCGCACCCCAGCUGUCAGAACAAUGGCAGAUUUCAUGUGGAGUGCUAUUAAAGAUCCAAUUGAAUCGGUUCUCCCCACCUUUGAUCGAGAUGGCCUAGAUCUGGCAUUUAAGUACUUCACGAGCACAACAUUGACAAUGAGACUGGCAGGAAUAGCGCAGAUCAAUGCCCACAUCACAACAUUCAACGAACUAUGCAAUUCUGAAACUGUCGCUGAAGUUGAGCAGGUUGGACAUGCACUUGCUGCUUGGCUGACUGAGAACAGUAUAGUCUCCCAUAUUUUUGGCCCCAAUCUCCAUGUAGAGGUCAUCAAACAGAGUCAUGUUGUCCUGAGUUUUUUGGCGAUGGAGGGGAGGAUAUCUUCAUCGGACAUGGAUAUCAUCUGGCAGGCAGCCCAGCUCAAGCACUGUGCUCGUCAGGUCUACGAUCUCCUCGCACCUCUGGUCAAGCAUCUGGCACCACCUCCAGUGCUCCAUCUCUACUCUCUUCUUGGUAAAUUGGAGCCCAAAGACCACACUGAACAGAGCCUCUUCUUGGCAUCAGCACUGAUUAAGUUUAUAUGGACAUCUGGAGCUUCUGGAUAUCCUGGAGGGCUCAGGGGAAUAGAGGGGUCAAUGAAGAAUAGAGAGGCUGCUCUUCAGGGUACUGAGGGAAUAGAGAGCAGCAGUACAGAUCCCAGUGGGAUGGAUGGCACUUCGCCGGAUGAAGAAGAUGAAGAGGAACCCUCUCCUGCACCCUCUGAAGGCCCAUCGCCAAGGAAACAAGCACGAGGCGGUGACAGUAGUGAUUGCGAGGGCAACUGCAAACCUAAAACACCAAUAACCAAUCUAGAGGUUGAUGAGUUCCAUGAGAAAAUAUCCGAGGAUCAAAAUCAAUUAAUUGAUACUCCAGUAAUAUCCCCGGUAGAGGACGAAGGAGGUAAUCUCAAACUUAAACAUCAGAGUGGAUCGGACGAGGCCGACACUGAAAAAUCAGCAGCAGAGGAGCCAGGCGUCCAGGAGAAGAAAAAGAGAAAAGUCUUGCGAAAGAGAAAAACACCGAUAAAGAGAUUAACAACUGAGGAGAAGCCUCUACUAGUGAACUCCCUGCAGGACGCUCCCAAAGAAAAAAUCCAAGACACCUUGGACUGUGUCAAACAGCAUCAGAGAUCUCUGCUGAAUCCCACCGAUCAGCAAGUCCCCAGUUCAUCUGUUCUCCUGAGAAAUGCCCCAAAAAAUCCAGCAGAUAAAUACAUGUCCCUGGUAUCUCACCCCGAGUCAGUGGAUAGCUCUCAUGACGACGAAGACAGUGACAAUGUGACCGCAAGUAUCGUUGUAGGUACAGUUGACGGGACUGGAACUGUUAUAUCAGAGCUCGCUGGACUGGUGCAUGCAACUGGUCAACAGUUUCUCCCAUCUGGACUCGAUGAAAUGCUUUCCGACGAGGAGGGAUCCUAUAGCAGCAGAAUUUCCAACAAAAGCGAGAAGAACAUGGCAGAUUUUGAUGGUGAAGAGAGUGGAUGCGAGGAGGAACUCGCUCAACUCGCUGCCAGACACUUGACUGCUAUUCAAAUGCAGGCUUAUCACUCUCACAGCCAUCAGUCCCACCACCCACAUCAUUCCCACGCACACCAUCAUCAUCAUUCUCAAUUGGGCCAGAUCAGGAGAUCAGUCUUCAGGCCUCCACAAGUGAGGACGAGAACUCUGAGACAGCAACAGAGACCAAUGUCCUCCAGACACGCACAAUUCAACCUUGAAACAGUCUGCAAACCUGGAAAUACUCUGCUAUGGGAUCUACUGCAGGACGAAAAAAUUGGCCAGCUCGCUGAGGGUCUAGCCCUCGAGGCGGAAAAGGCCCUGUGCAAUUUGCUGUGCUACAACGUCCAUCGCUUCAUCCCCAUGAAAUUUAUCGAAGGUUGCCUGGAGAAUCUAGCAGCUAAUCGGUCAGUUGUGGUGUCUUUGAGACUGCUGCCAAAAUUACUAGCAAGUUUCCAGCAAUUUGGAGCCAUAGACGCCCACACAAUCACCACCUGGGCGGAUAGAGAGCGAGGAAUGAUGAAGCAUUUCUUCAAUAAUUUGAAGACAUAUUCCAACAAUUACGCUAACAAUGUUAGCUCGAGUACUUCUAAUUUGUAUUCUCAUCAAACUGAGAUUCAAGUGCGCCUCCAAUUUUUAUCAUCGAUAUUCUCACCCCUGGGAUCACCCGACUGCUUCAGAUUGAGUUUAGAACAAGUAGAUAUACUCUGGCAGUGUCUCUCUCAGGAUGCAACCUGUGCUGAUGAGCUAUUCAGUUGGUUACUGAGCCAAGCAAAGUCCACUGAACAGCAUGCUCUCGGCAUGGACACGCUCAAACAUCUCUGUAUGAGGAAGCUGCCAUCACUGCCCCCAGAGACCAUCAGUAUGACUGGUCUGAGCCUCUUCCAACAGCUGUGUAAUUUAGCCAGACUUGCUGCUGCCCAUUUGGAUAGACCCCUGAGGGAUGUUGACUCGAUAGGAAUGGAUUUCCUCUGGCGAAUCGCACUUCGAGCUAAAUCGACAGACGUCAGCAUGGCAGCGAUUCAGUAUCUCAACGGCUAUUACAUGUCUCGUCAACUCAGUCAGGAAGCUGAAUUUGUAUCUCAAUGUAUGACACACUUGGCUGCAGCCAGUGGAGACCUAGAGCACAACGAGGAAGCGAGUCUCAGGUGUAUUCAGCGAGCUCUACUACUCCUGAGAACACAUUUGGAGGCCUUCAGGAAGAAAUACGCUUAUCAUUUGAGAAGGUGGGCCCUUGAAGGCAGGGGUGCAGGCUCACAUUUAGCAAUGAGCUCGUCGGAAAAGGGUCAGCAUUUGAAAAUUUUCGUUCAGCCAGCUGGAAUUCCUGAUAAAACAAGUUUUUCAUUGCUAAGCACGGAUUUUGUCGCUGAUUUAAGAGCUGAAGUAGCUAAAUGGUGGGAUGACACUCAAAAUUCAAAAUCAUCGAGCAGUUCGAGCACCUCUGGAAUUAAUUCAGAAGCUGGCUCUUCGGGUACUUCAAGCACAGGGAAUUCAGUCCUGGGAACUCUUCUCACUGAUGCACCAAUCAGAAUGAUAACCCAAGGGCAGGAGUUGACGUUCGAUUACGAUGAGAAGACUCUUCAAGAGAUGGGCUUCAAGGAUGGACAAUUGGUUUUUAUUUCUCUUGGAGCAAAUGGGGGACGUGGAAACGUAGGAAAUCGAGGAAAGAGAGAUAUGGAUUCACCUUCGCUGCUUCCACCACCACCCAGAGAAUGUCUACCCACUCUUUUGUUACUCAGACCGCAGUAUUUCGAGCAGUUGUUUACUCUGAUGAGAACCCUGAGUGCAAUGAAGUCUUCGGUCAAAGGUGGACAGAAAAUUCCACAUACUAAGGCCCAAGUGUUAUCGAGAAGAGUCUGGGAUACCCUGACGCUCCUGCCGACCAGUCCAACUCUCCUCCAAGGCUUUCAGAAGCUCGAAGAGGCUUCCUUGCCUGAUUUGCUGGACCCCGCCAGUCCCCAGAAGCUCAUGUACUCUCUUUACAUCAUUGAAUCCCUGAGCAGAAGAAAUCCAGUCCCUCCUACCUCAUCUUCAAGCUCUAAAUGCACAGAGGUAGAGGAAAAUGAGGGAACCGAACAAAAAGAAGAGGACGCUGUCCCCUGGUCUACAUUAUUCGUUCAACACGGAGGCCUACGGCACCUCUUUGACAUUUUUAUGUCAGGAUGCCUCGAGCGUGGAGACGGCAGUGAAUGGCAGCAGGAUUGUCUGGCAAGUCUCCUGAAGCAAUUAUGCCACUUGGGGGUAAUUCGAGAGGAGAAAAAACGUCACAAAUCCCAGGAGAAGCUCAUAGUUCCAAGACUCUCUGAAGCUAUGCUGUCAAUGAUGUCAGCGGACUCUGUCAUGCCCCGAAUCACCAGUAUUUUAAAUGAGGCAUCACUGCCCAAGGAUCUUAAUCACUACAAGACAGGACUCUUUGGAAGAUCCCAGGUGAUUCACUAUACCAUGGCACUGCUCGUCUGCUGGGUUCACAGUGAUUCAAAUAUUAGGCAGAAUCUCUUCUGCUCGACAUCGGAAUCCUUCGGCAGGACCUGGCUCCGUAGAUUAGUUCUGGAUGAUCCAGAGCCCGCAGUUAGAAGGGAAAUCUGCACAGCACUUUACAAAUUGUGUCUAGGAAUGACAUCGAGCUCCUCCCCAAGUUCAGACGAGGAUAAAGACGAGAGUGCCUCUGAGAGACGUUAUGACAGAUCUGGACUGAUCGUUCCAAUGCUGAAUACACUCCUGGAGCAUCUGCACGUAGCAGAAGCAAUGCACCCGUCCCACAGACGUCGUCCAGAUUUACCACUCCAUCUUCAUUCCGCAAUCCACGAGGAUGGAAAGGAGCCCUAUGGCCCCGCCUGUCGGGACUAUUUUUGGCUAGUCUGUAGGCUAGUUGAUGCCCUCCCCGAGGAUGCCAUUAGAUUCCCAGAAUUACCGGAUGAAUCCGAGCAAUCCCCAGCGACCAUUGACCUUGAGGCACUUGCUGGGAGAGUCAUAGACUCGGUUUUACUUCGAGAACACUUGGAAACCCGACACAAUACCGUCGAAGACGAUGCACUAGUGGGUCUUUUAAAUCUCACUUGCAAUAUCAUGACGCACAAUCCUCCCUGCAAGCAGUCAAAAACCGGCAAGAAUCUUCUCAACAGGGUCUUUGAUUUUCUCUUCGCUCUGCCAAACUCGAAGAUGAAACAUGUCCCAAAAUGCAAGAGCCAGGUGUCGAGAUCAGCAGCAUUUGAUCUGCUAGUGGAACUAGUUAAAUCAGCACCAGACAACUAUAGAAUCCUCCACGAGAAGCUGUUGACCCAGCAUAAACCAGGCCCACACUCUCCCUAUCCCUGGGACUACUGGCCACACGAGGAUGGAAGAGCUGAUUGUGGAUACGUUGGGCUAACCAACCUUGGGGCGACCUGCUACAUGGCCAGCUGCAUGCAACAUCUCUACAUGAUGCCUCAGGCGAGAGCUGCAAUUCUCCACGCCGAGUGCAAUCGAGCUAACAAGCACCAGUUGACACUUCGUGAACUCCAGAGGAUGUUUGCUUAUUUAUUGGAGUCUGAGAGAAAGGCCUACAAUCCCAGAUCCUUCUGCAGGGUGUACACAAUGAAUCAUGAGCCUCUUAACACUGGCGAGCAGAAGGACAUGGCCGAGUUUUUUAUUGAUCUCGUAUCCAAACUCGAAGAGAUGACCUCAGACUUGAAGGAUCUCGUGAAAACACUGUUUUGUGGUGUCAUCUCCAAUAAUGUUGUCUCACUGGAUUGUGAGCACGUCAGCAGAACGCUGGAGGAGUUUUACACUGUCAGAUGUCAAGUGGCUGACAUGAGAAAUCUUUACGAGAGUCUCGAUGAAGUUACGGUGAAAGAUACCCUGGAGGGUGACAAUAUGUACACGUGUUCUCAGUGCGGCAAAAAAGCCAGGGCUGAGAAGAGGGCUUGUUUCAAGAAGCUACCACAUAUUCUCUGCUUCAACACUAUGAGGUAUACUUUCAACAUGGGGACAAUGUUGAAGGAAAAAGUUAACACACAUUUUAGCUUUCCUUUGAGACUCGAUAUGUCGGGAUAUGUGGAGAAAAAACUCAUGUCUCAUCAUGAGAAGCGAAAGUGUGAGACAGAAAAGACUGAGUGUGAGAACGAAGAUGAAGAGGAGAUGAAGAGCAAGAAGGAGGAUGAUGAAGAAGGUCAUCGAGCUGAGCACUAUCAGUACGAUUUAAUCGGUGUGACGGUGCAUACAGGUACAGCAGAUGGUGGUCAUUACUAUAGUUUCAUCAAGGACAGGACAUCAGCGAAUAAGGAUAAAUGGUUCCUCUUCAAUGACGCUGAGGUCAAACCCUUCGAUCCCAGUCAAUUAGCAGCCGAGUGUUUUGGUGGAGAAAUGACGAGCAAAACGUACGAUUCAGUCACCGAUAAAUUCAUGGAUUUUAGUUUCGAGAAAACUAAUUCAGCGUACAUGUUAUUUUACGAAUGGUGUGCAGAUCCUAACGAUCAGAGUCACAACAGAGAGGAGGAGGCGACUGGCUCGAGUCCAGGAACUGUCAGUAUGUCCCAAUCGUCUCACGACGAUUUGAAAGUAUUAGGAGAUAAACUCCCCAUCCUGGAGUUGAAUAAAGAGCUCGAGGAUUGGAUUUGGCAGGACAAUAUGCACUUCCUCCAGGACAAAAAUAUUUUUGAGCACACAUAUUUCAGUUUUAUGUGGCAGAUCUGUGGCUACAUUCCUCAAACUCUUCUCUCCAUUCAGCCUGAUGUCACUGAGAUGUCUGCAGAGCUGUCGACAUCGUUCUUCAUGGAGACGUUCAUUCAUGCUAAAGAGAAACCGACAAUGGUUCAGUGGGUUGAAUUGCUGACCAAGCAGUUCAAUGGCUCCAACGGUGCAUGCGCCAGAUUCCUCGAGAGAAUGGCCAGUGAUUCGUGGUGGCCUAUUCAGAUACUAGUCAAGUGUCCCAAUCAAAUGGUAAGACAGAUGUUCCAGCGUUUGUGUAUUCAUGUUAUUCAGAGGCUCAGGGCAACCCAGGCGCCUCUAUACUUGCUGACAUCCAGCGAAACUGAAACAGAGCCUGAUGGUUCUCAGGUAAAUACUGUUGGCACUCAGUCCUGCGUCACGAGAUUUGUUAGAAUGCUACUGUCACUGAUGGAGCAUGCUAAACAGCAUUUGAAACACUUGACCGAGUAUUUCAGUUUUCUGUACGAAUUCAGCAAAAUGGGAGAAGAGGAGACCCUCUUUCUCAUCAGGGUCCAGGCCAUAUCCACCAUGAUUAAUUUCUACCUUGGUCACAAAACCCACGAGAUGGUGGAUACUGUGAGUGAAGAAGAGGAAGAGGAAGAGGAGGAAGAAGUGGUUGUAGCUGUUCCUACCGAAAAACUUCGUCCAGCGUCGUUGGACAAAAUGAUAACACUUAUUGCGAGUCUCGUCGAGAGGAGCAGAGGUGCAAAUCACCAGUUGACUCUGUCUCCUGCUGAUCUGAGUGCAGUUGCCAGUGGAAAGGGAUUUCCAUUUCUCUAUCAACAGACAAGAGACGUUAUUAAUCUCACUCAGACAAAAAAUUUGAUUCUAUCGCUGUGCAGGUGGAACGACAGACUGGCGAUGCACAUCGUCACUAUGAUAUUUCAAGCGAUAACAAAGCACACAGACGUUUGUCAACCCUUCUUCAAACUCCUCACACUAUUGACCGAGGGUUCUGGACCCUCAGUGAAUGCUGGACUGCCCUGUAUGACACAACUGAUUCUCGGUAGAGUCUGGGAAGCUGCAAGAGUGGCACCUCAUGGAGCCCUCGAGUGGCUAGCUCUCGCUGUAACACGAAGUAAAUUGGCACACGCUUGGGUUCUCCAGGGACUUGAUACGUGGCUCCAACACUUUCUCAUCGAACACUCCAAUCAGAGAGUGAGAUCAGCUGCAGCCUUCUUGUUAGUCUCUCUUGUACCCUCCAGCCAUUUCAGGCAGGGCUACAGAUCUGCCCACAGGCUGGGACUUGGCUGUAACUCAAACAGGGAAUUUCAGCUGUCUCCGGAAGCCACUAUUAUUCUGCACCAGAUAUACACUGCUCUUCUGAGGCUUCUGCAGCCAGCCCGACACUACAUCGACAUCCAGAGUCAUGGAACCAUGAAGCUCACUGCUUAUUUUGCUCUCAUGACUUACUGCGUCAUAUCGAAGACGGAAAAAAUAAUGUUCGGACAGUAUUUGAACGACUUGUGGAGUCUCUUCCACCCAAAACUCUCAGAGCCCAGUAUUCCGGUGCAUCACAAUAAACAAGCUGUUCUAUUAUUCUGGUACCACGUGUGUUCCGAUUGCCCAGAGAAUGUCGCCAUGAUCUUGCACAAUCCACACGUCACCAAGAAUAUUGCAUUUAAUUAUAUUCUUGCGGAUCACGAGGAUCAAGACGUUGUCCUCUUCAACCGAGUCAUGCUGCCAGCCUACUACGGCCUGCUUCGCCUCUGCUGCCAGCAAUCCCGCACUUUCACCCGUCAGCUCGCAGCUCACCAGAACAUCCAAUGGGCUUUCAAGAAUAUCACCCCUCAUCCAACCCAGUACUCCACUGCAGUCGAUGAGCUCUUCAAACUCAUGCAACUCUUGGUGGCUCGUCAUCCCGAUCAAACCGAACAGGAGGAGUCAGAAAUUGCCUCCUUCAGACGUGGUACACUUUCCUCUUAUCUCCAGGGUCUAGACGGUAGAUCCUGCUGGGCAACUCUCAUCUCAGCCUUCAGAAUCCUCAUAGAAUCGGAUGAUGAUCGUCUCUAUGUAGUGUAUAAUGGCGGAUUGGGGAUGGCUCUGGAAGCCUUUCACAUGCUCCAUAUAAUGUACCACGAGGCAACAGCGUGUCACGUAGCUGGGGAUCUUGCAGAGUUAAUAGCUAUAAUAGUGGAAUUAGUGAGAUGCGUCAGAUGUGUUCGAACAUCGAGAGACAGUCCUGAUGUCAGAAAUAUCCUGGCAAAUUGCAAAGAGUGGCCAGAGGUGUUGAGGAAGUUAGCAACCCUGCUCAAUACAUACAAUCCUCCAGAGCUUAGAAAUUUGGCCAUUGAUCUUCUGAAGGAGCUCGUAAUGCUGGUGCCAGCCGAGGCAAUUCUAAUUCUGGCUCCUCUGCUCUCCCACUGCCAUGCAGCCCUUCAGGAGUCCCACGCUGCUGUUCCACCAGGCCCAUAUCUCCCAAGGAGAUCGACAUCAACAGCUGUUGGCAAAAUGGCUGCUAGACCAGCGAGACCAAUGGUUCAGAUGGCAGUCCCCCAUUCUCAGUUGGAAGCUGCCAAAGGGGUUGAUCCUGAGUACGACUCUGCCCUCCUGGAAUUCUAUCUCCCUUACCAUGAGUUAAUCGAUGUCAUGUGCAGACUGGCCAUCAACAACGACUGCAUGACAGAUACUCUGAUCAACCUGAGUGCCAUGCUGGGUUUCGAGGGAGUCCCCCUUCACCUAGCUCUCUUUCCUCGACUGUGGCUAGAUGUUCACGCCGCCAGUCACAUCGACAGGAAGCACAUAGCAGCACUACUGUGCUCUUCCUACACUGUGGAUUACGUUGACGCUGUACUCCUAGACGAGAGAUCAUCCCUCUCAGUCCCUGCCAUUCACGCCUUCCUGAAGACCUUCUUCCCAAAAUUGGCAAGUCACGUGCUGACCGAGCAGACAUGCUCCUUGAUCGACAACGUCGUGUCUUCCCUCAGUGGAAUGGUCGAGGCAGUUGACGUCAAGACCUCAGCACCUAGAUUAACUGGAGACCUUCGAGCCCUGGCACUGGUUUACAGCAGUGGCACAAGACUCGAGCCACCAGCUUCACUUCAGCCAGCUUUGGACACGUUAUUGCUGAGGCUGAGGGCCGUCAAAGCAAAGGAAAGCAGCCAGGAGAGUGAAGCACCAGCGAAAAAACGUAAAUUUGGUAAUGACGAAAAGAAGGAGGAGACGACAGAGGGCGAAGCUACCACUGAGGCUGUGAUGGAUCCUGCAGGGGAGACUGGUGACUCCAGGGAUCCUAGGGAUCCUAGGGAUCCCAGGGACUCUAGGGAUCCCAUGGACGUCGAGGAUAAGGAUAAGAGUGAGAAGGAGGAGAAAACGCUUAGAGAGGUUGGAGAGAGAUCUGGAGAGAAAAGCUUGAACAGUGUUAAUGUAACUACGAGUGCGAAUGCCAGCAUCACCUCGAGCAUCUCUGGCUCCACCACCACUGAGGCGUGUAAUAAUCAGCUCGUGUGUUCACUUAAUAAUUCUUCAUGGAUUGAUAUGCUGGAAAAGACUAUUAUUAAUCUUCAAGUGAUUGUGACCAUGCAGAGUAAGAACAAUUAAUUUCAAACAAACGAGUUUAAAAUAAUAAAAAUUCAUUGAAUUGAUUGAUAAUGGUAGAGGCUCGGAGACGGGGUGGAACAAUGAGAAACAUUGAGGAUUAAUUAUCAGUUAUUAUAAUUAAUGAAGAAAAAAAAAGGCUGUAAGCGUAUUUUUUUCCUCGCUGAGAGAAAACACUUGUCCUCAGCAAUUGCAACACUUGGGACUGACUUUUUUUGUGUAUAGCUUAAUCGAUGAAUACGAUGAAUAUUUGCCAGGCGUACUACGAAAAGUACAGAGAGGAGUUAACAAUAGUUUUCUUUUUCUAGUUUAUGGUAUAAAUGAUAUGCGUCUGAAAAUUCAUUCUUUUCUCUGUUCUAAAACGAAAUAAAUAUAGAUUUUAUUAUUUA